AUGGCAAUCUUUCAGAUAUCCGCGUGGAAGCGGAUGAGUAGCAAAAAUAUUCUUGCACUCAUCCUGAUUGCCAACACCUGUGCUGUCGCGUACGAAGGCUACGCACAAGGCGUGAUAGGCAUCGCCAACUCCGCUCCAGAUUAUCUCAACUUAGUUGGUAUCGCCGUCAAUGGCAGCGGUCAAGCAGAUCGGGUGAUAACGCAAGGCGGCAUUACCAGCAUCUACUACCUGGGUACAAUCGCUGGCUGUGUGUUGGCGGGAUGGCUGUCAGACAAAUUUGGCAGAGUGAUUGCUCUGCAAUUCGGCGCGUUGUGGUGCAUGCUAGGCAUCGCUCUCGAGGCCUCUGCAUACAACCAGCCCUGGAUCAUCUGUGCCAGAUUAAUCGCUGGCGUGGGAGUGGCACAUAUGAACUGUGUUGCGCCGACAUGGGUCGGGGAAAUAUCUGAGGCUGCACAUCGUGGCAAGCUGUUUGCAUUGGUGUACUUGUCGAACUAUAUCGGUAUAGCACUGGCAUACUGGAUCGGAUUUGGCCUGAGCUACGUGGACCAAGGUCAAUCGGCUAUCAGAUGGCGCCUGCCUUUCGCACUGAAUGCGCUCCCUCCUUUGAUGCUAUUCUGCCUGCUUCCUUUCCUGCCAGAAAGUCCGCGAUAUCUGAUGAGUGCAGGCCGACCAGAGGAAUCUCUCGAGGUCCUUGCUCAUGUCCGAGCAGAAGGCGACUCGAGCAACUCAGCAGUUUUGGAGGAAUAUCAUGAGAUCGAACAGAGCGUGCAACAAGCCAAGACCCAGGCAUCUACGAGCAGCUUCAUGGCUUUGAUUUGGGGCAGCACGAGCGGGAAACUACACUUCCCGAGACGCACACAGCUGGCCCUAUGGCUACCCCUAUUCACGCAAGUGGGCACGGGUAUUGCUGCAACCACAAUCUACACACCCACUCUGAUUCGCCAAGCAGGAUGGGGGGCAGAGAAGGCUCUGUGGCUGUCGGCAUUGAACAAUACGGUAGGAGUUCUCGGAACGGUCAUUGCCAUGUAUACCAUCGAUCCCGUGGGUCGACGUCCCACGCUGCUCUGGGGUUCCCUCGCGCAAAGCGCCUGUAUGUGGAUCAUCGGAGCCAUGUCAGUCCUAACCGCCUCUCGACCGUCGCAAGCCACUCAAUAUGGGUCUGCCACUGUGGCCUUUAUCUUUGUCUUCACUUUGAUCUACUCGUCCACCUUUCUGAUCAUUAACUUCAACUAUCCUGCGGAGAUAUUUCCCACCGAAGUUCGAUCUCGAGGCAUGGCGUUUGGUAUCUCCGGCUGGGCCAUCGGUCUGGGUGCUGGCACACUGUACAAUCCCGUCAUGUUCAACUCGAUUGGCGGAUACGGAUUUUUCGUCUAUGGGGGUCUGAAUCUCUUGUGGUUUGUUUUGAUCUACCUCUUCUUGCCAGAGACGAGUCGCAGAAGCCUCGAAGCUGUCAACAGACUGUUCGAGAUCAAGAGUCCGUUUGUUCGGGAUAUGGAACGCCAUUACAGACAGUACGAAGAUGCUGGCACCGCAGCGUCAGAGGACAAUAUGAGUGGAAAGGUGGAAGAGCGUGCUGUCCACUAUUGA